CAUCUCAUCCUUCUCUAUUUCAUAUCUUACCCGUCCAUCCUCUUUCCGAGAAGAGUAGAAACCUUCGCUUCUUCUCUCUCUGUGAAACAUGGCAGUCUCCCUUCAUACAACCGGUAUUCACCCCCAGAUUGGAGCCUCACAUCAUCACCUCAGUUGCGCGACAAAGCUUUAUUCAGGAUUGAAGAUUCAGUCUUCAGGUCCGUUUGGAGCUGGAAUACCUAACUUGUCCGCUGAAUUCUAUGGAAAAGUUAAUAAGAGCCUGCAGCCCAGGACUCAUAACCAUAUAUCAAUGAGAGGACGAGUUAGAAUGAGUCCUAUAGGGACACCAAGAGUGCCAUAUAGAACUCCUGGUGAGGGAACUUGGCAAUGGGUUGAUCUGUGGAAUGCCCUUUACCGAGAGCGUGUUAUCUUUAUUGGACAACAUAUAGAUGAAGAAUUUAGCAACCAAAUAUUAGCAACAAUGUUGUACCUGGACAGCAUUGAAAGUUCCAAAAAGCUCUAUAUGUACAUCAAUGGGCCUGGUGGAGAUCUUACUCCAAGCAUGGCUAUUUAUGACACCAUGCAGAGCUUGAACAGUCCUGUCGCCACCCAUUGUGUGGGAUAUGCAUACAAUCUAGCAGCCUUUCUUCUUUCUGCGGGAGUAAAGGGUAGCCGCUUUGCAAUGCCUCUUGCAAGAAUUGCACUACAAUCUCCUGCUGGAGCUGCUCGUGGUCAGGCUGAUGACAUUCGUAAUGAAGCAAAUGAGCUGCUUAGAAUCCGAGAUUACCUUUUUACUGAGUUGGCUGAGAAAACAGGCCAGCCUGUUGAGAAGAUUAACAAAGAUCUGAGCAGGAUGAAACGGUUUAAUGCUCAGGAGGCUCUUGAAUAUGGGUUAAUUGAUCGGAUUGUCAGGCCACCUCGUAUUAAGGCCGAUGCACCUCCUAAGGAUGCAGGAACAGGGCUUGGUUAGCCUACCCUUUGCUUGAGAUGAUUGCUGAAAAUUUGAGUCUCGUAUUAAGGUGGAAACACAUGUGAAGGCUGCGGGGUCAGUGUACUUGUUCUUGAGAUAAGUUCUGUUUGACAUUUUGGGAUGUUUCCCAAGUUAAUUUAUCAACAUGUAGGAUUCGCUUUGUAGUUUUAAAUUGGGAUAGAGAGGAAAAAAAAAUGGUGCCUUUCAUUGUUUUCGGCAUCAUUCCUAAUUAUAUCAUACCUGACCCAUGCAACUUGGACACAA